AUGUCCUCACUUCCUCAAACGCGUCAAAGCAACCUGUCCUGUCCCGCCUGGAGUCUUGGGAGGUAUUUGGUGAGUCCACCCUUCACAAGUCCAGCAGCAGCCGAUGAGCUAAAGGGCUUCUUCGACAGCUUCAUCAAGGGCUUUGAUUCCAAGUUUGACAAAGUGCGAUGGGUGCAGAUCCUUUCGAUCAUUGCGAAACCCCAGACGCCUGCAGUAGCCCUCGAUCUCAUUGCGCCCUUUGAGGAAGCCAUGUCUGGCAGCCGAGAUGCCAAGUUUCUGUGGCAGACCUUGAAGGGGGAAAAGCUCACUCUAUCUGGAGACACAGAGGCAGCCAAGGAGCUGCUUGACAACUUGGGGUCCGAAAUUGAAGCCGCCUACGAGGUGCAGGCAUUGAUUCAGUCGCACUUCCACAAGACCAAGGCGUUGCUUUGGAAGACUCUGAGUCGGCCCCAAGAGUUCUACAAGAGCUCCAUCCUGUAUUUAGCGUUCACCCCACUCGAAGCUAUCCCAGUAGAGGAGCGACCGCGCAUUGCUUUUGAGACGGUGGUCUCCGCCUUGGUGGCUGAAGAGGAGUUCAACUUUGGCGAGUUGACUCAGCAGGAGAUCAUUCCAUCUUUGGAAGGCUCUCCUUUUGCUUGGAUCAGAGAACUUCUACAGGCCUUCAGUGAAGGUAAAUUCGAUUUGUUUGACAGCGCCCUUGCCAAAAACAAAGCUCAGAUGGACGCCACUCCUGAGCUGAAGUCCGCAGGAGACACUCUCAGGCCUUGGAAGAGAUCAGUGCAAUGUGAUCAGCGUGUGAUCAUAUGA